AUGGCCGCGGGGGGCCCCGCCCAGGUGAUGUUUGAAGACGUGGCCGUCUACUUCUCGAUGGCGGAGUGGGCGAAACUGGCGGAAUGGCAGCGGGACCUGUAUCGGGCUGUGAUGGUGGAGAACUACGAGGCUGUUGCCUCUCUGGGGUACCUUUCUGUCAAACCUGAACUCAUCUGUAAAAUAGAGCGAGAAGAGAACCCCUGCAUGGAAGAACCCCUGGAACCCCCAAGAUGGAGGAGACCCCAGAGCCCCUGGUUGGGAGAUGAGAUUCGGAUGGCGGACGAGGAGGAAGGGGAAGGAGUGGUCACCGACCUGCGAAUCCCAGCCCGAUGCAAGAGAAAGAAGAAGACUCACUCGGCAGGAACAGAGAAGCCAACGACCCCGGCAACAAACGCCCCGGAGGCCGAGUCUCUGCCCCGGGUGACGCUGAAGAUGAACCCGCCCAAGUGCCCGGAGUGCGGCAAGAGCUUCUUCAGCAACGUGGCCAUGGCCAUCCACAUCCGGACACACACGGGGGAGCGCCCCUUCAAGUGCCACCUGUGCCCCAAGGGCUUCCCCUCCAGGGGGGACCUGAAGCGCCACAUCAAGACACACCUGCGGCAGAAGGCUCCCCCCGCCAACAGCUCCAUCCCCAAGGGGAAGAAGUGCCUCACCGCCAAGCUUCAACUCCUGCGCCAGUUGGGGGCAACCCCAGGGCCCAGGAAGCCCCACAUCUGCGCCCAGUGCGGGAAGAGCUUCAACAAGAAGCAGGACCUGCGCAAGCACCAGGGGACGCACUCAGCCGAGCGGCCCUUCCCCUGCCUGGAGUGCGGGCGCCGCUUCCGGCUCAAGCAGAUCCUGGUGGCCCACAUGAAGGUCCAUGUGGGGGAGCGGCCCUUCUCCUGCUCCGAGUGUGGCAAGCGCUUCCGCCAGAAGCACCACGUGGAGAGCCACCAGCGCGUGCACACUGGCGAGAAGCCCUUUGCGUGCACGACGUGCGGCAAGCGCUACGCCCAGAAGCAGCCGCUCAUCAGCCACCUGCGGGUCCACACCGGCGAGCGGCCCUAUUCGUGCAUCGAGUGCGGGAAGUCGUUCCGGAACCAGGCAACGCUGACCAUCCACUACCGCAUGCACACGGGGGAGCGGCCCUAUCGCUGCCUCCUCUGCGGCAAAUCCUGCAGCCAGCUGCAGCACCUUAAGAGCCACCAGAGGGUGCACCGCGGGGAGCAGCACCUGAUCGAGGCUGGAGACACCAAAGCCCUGGCUCAGAAAAGAGCUCGGGAGAUGGUGGAGAAGCCCCACCCCUGCCCCAAGUGCGAGAAGCGCUUUCGGGACGAAAAGAUCAUGCAGGUCCACUUGAAAACCCACGAGGACAAGAGGCCGCUGAAAUCUGGAUCCUCACCAGCCAGUGCAGCUCUCGACCAAAACACCUCUCCUUCUGUCCGGCCAAAAGUGUCCUUGCCGAUGGCCAAAUCCAUUAGCGGAGGGACAGGCGCGAGCAAGAAGCAUUCUGCUGUGACACAGCCGGGCACUGUAGCUGGGAGGAGGUCCUUUGCAUGCAUUGACUGUGGCCGGAAGUUCACUCAGGCAAAAUAUCUCACCCUGCAUCAGAGGAGCCAUACCUGA